AUGCCCAUUGGAAAUAUUACAAGCGACUUUCGAGCUACGGGAAUAUGCCCUUAUGAUAAGAAUGUUCUUCCCAUUGAAGCAUUUGCCCCAAGUCUUGCAACUGAGAAACCUUACCAGGAGACGACCGCCGCUGCCGAUGAUUCGGAAUAUGAUUCAGAUGACUACCUGCCUUUAUGUGAAUUGCGUAAAAAACUAAUCCCUUUGAAUAAUUCCUUCGCGGAAGUGUUACCAACACCAGAUCUAGUCAAAAAAAAUCUGCUCCACGACGUAAAGCUAUAA